AUGGCGACAGCAAACAAGAUCAACCUCGAGAGCACCGAGGCGAAGAUGAAGGAGCUGAUCGAAGCAUUUGAAGCGCACCCUCAGCUGCAGGCGCCCACCCCGCAUCCGACUGUCUUCUUCAUGUUCGACUUCGUCAAGAAUUCCUACAAUACGCUCCAGCAAGUCGACGCCGCAAAGUACGCCUCCGGGGACUCCCAAACCUGCAAGGUCGUCAACGAUGUCAUCGGACGCAACCAGUUCACCGGCCUGCUGGUCACAGAUAUGUCCGGCAAGCUCGCCGCCAUGACAGGCGGCGACCCCUCUAACCCAGUGGACUUUGGCGCGAAUAUCAAAGCUAAAGCGCGGGGUCUGAACGCAGCCUGA